ACGUUGAAACCAGUAUCAUAGUGCUAAAUGAAAUACAUAUGCAUAUGAAACAAAUGUUCGCAAAUCGCGAUGCGAACGUUCGUGUUUUUUAUUCGAUAAAGCAAAAAGUACAAUGUAGAUUUCUAAAUUAAUUUUCUUAUGAAAGUGUGCAGAAGAUACCCGUGACAAAUUCAAUUAAUGUACAGAAGCGUAACUUUGAUGGGUUACCGAGUGACCGGCUCGAAAUUUCUCACUGUUUGCCUCGGUUUCACUUUCGUGAUGGGAUGUUUCUUAGCUUCACUACCUAUCACACCAGGACAGCCCAACCGCCUGAUAUCAACAAAGCAUCAUAGCAAAAAGAAACUAGCCAUACUGGUGCCAUUCCGAGAUCGAUUCGAAGAACUUUUAGAAUUUGUACCCCACAUGCACAACUUUCUUACAAAACAGAACAUACCUUACCACAUAUUCAUAAUCCAACAAAAAGAUAGCAACAGAUUCAACAGAGCGUCCCUAAUAAACGUUGGUUUUUUACACACUAAGAAAGACUAUGAUUAUAUAGCUAUGCAUGAUGUAGAUUUGCUGCCAAUGAACAAUGAUUUAAAAUAUGAUUAUCCCAAAGACUGUAUCUAUCACAUAUCGUCACCGCAAACUCAUCCAAAGUAUCACUAUGAGACCUUCAUUGGUGGUAUUUUAUUAAUCAAAAGGGAAGAUUUUGAUUUGGUGAAUGGAAUGUCAAAUAACUACUGGGGUUGGGGUUUGGAAGACGAUGAAUUUUAUGUAAGACUGAGAGAUGCAGGAUUGAAAGUGAGAAGACCCGAUAAUAUUUCAACUGGACCUGAAAAUACUUUUAAGCACAUACAUGACAAAACUUAUCGUAAGCGUGACAUGCGCAAAUGUUACAAUCAACGCGAAGUGACGCGCCGCCGCGACAGAGUGACAGGUAUUCAUGACGUCAAAUACAACAUACACAGCACUCACAAUGUGACAAUUGACUCUCUACCAGUGACUGUGAUCAAUGUUGAGCUCAUCUGUAACAAGACUGCAACACCAUGGUGCCAGUGCCCAGAGCCAGCUAAAGUUAAGAAGCCUUAGAAGAUUCAACUAGUAAAUUGUUAUAAGUGACAGCUGUCACUGUGGAAUCAAAUUGUGUCACUGUAACGACAUCAUAACUCCAAAUAAUACUUAAGUUAAAAAAAUAACUGAAAAAAACAACUGGUUUGGUGUCAGGAAACUUCGAAACUAAAAUUUUCGUGGUUAAUCUGCCAUGCCUAUGAAAAAGGCGACACAAAGUUUCAGACUCCUGCAUCCGCAAAUGGAGAUCUACUUAUGUAUCUUACCAGUUUUUUUAUAUCGAAAACGUAUAAAAAUGUUAAUGUCGAAAACGGAAUAAAUCACACUUGUAGUGUGACAAGAUUUACUACCUGGACAGUGAUCAGCAUUAUCUGAUCUGUAGCAAGACUUCUACAACAUUGUGCCAGUGCUCAGAACCUAGUUAAGAAGAUGGAAAAAAAAAGUAAUAUUUCAUUAUUCAAUGACAAUGAUCAAGAUACACUGAACUCACUACAGACUAUCUAUGACUAUCUGUGACUGUGAUCACACACAAUAAAAGUUACAAAGACCUACCAAAAGUAAUGAAUAACUAACUAUCGUCAGUGACAUUUAUCACUGGAAAUCAUUUGUAAUACAGUUUUUACUGUCAUAGCUUAUAUUAAAAAAUAUUUGUCUUAUACUACAAUUAAGUGCCUAAAAUUUAUAAAUUUAUGAAGACCUAGUCUAUGGUAGACAACUAAUUGAUUAUCAGUGUCAGUGACCUUUACCAACAUUACCAGUGGCACUGAUUACCAAGUGUUUUGCUAGUGACCAAUAUUUGUUUUAUAAAUUUUUAUUGGUGCUUGGUAGAAAAUCAGGUAAACUAAUUAGUUUACCUGAUUUUCUUUGGCAGGAAAAAUCAAAGAAUGCUAACAAUAACAAAUGACAAUGUCAUAGCGAAUUAGGGUCCAGGAAUUGUAUGAGUUUCUAAACAUUUUAUUCUCGAUUUAUUGUACUUAUGUAAAUUUACAUAACCCGCAUGUUUUUUUUAUACCUGUAGUGUAGUUUUAAAAUUUGAAUUUACAAUAUAAGUACAUAUUUUACAAUAUUAGUAAUGUUAAUUAUGUAUAUUUAUUUAUUAUGCAUACUUAUCCUUAAUUUUAAAGUUAUCUAGUCUACCUUCACAAGAUUAAAUUAAAAUUAUUUGCCAACCAAAAUUAUAUGCCGUCCAAAUCACAAAUCACAUAAAAUAUUAUGUAAUGCAUGGUACCCAAAAUGCUGGCGCUAUUGCCAACUUAUCCAUACAAAGAGGAAAGUAUUACCAGCCCUUUUACCAAAUAACACCGGCUCUUUGGUUACCAGGUUUGGUGUAUGUUUGGGAAAAAUAAUUAAGUACGUAAUAAAAAUUUUAUUAUGUUUAAAAGAGAGUUUUAUUCUUAUCUUACAAAGUAUGCAGUGUCUAAGAAACCUUGUAGAGACCUACCUUGUAUUAUGAUGGCAAUUUCAUUAAACCCAUACCUUUAUGGUACGACCCCCCCCUGGCGCCAAAGCUGGAUCCGCCCUUGCCGGUAGCGAGGAUAGAUAGGAGGACGACGGGCGAUGACGAUUUUUAAAUAACCAUGCUGUUUGAACAAAAUGGGACUACCUACAUCAUGAUUUACCACAGAAGUGACGUUGCAGUCAAGGGUUCAAGGGUCACCUUUUGACGUUUUCCGGCAGGGGAAAUUUGGGAAUUUAUAUAUCUGAAUUCUGGUCUGGGAGGCUUUGGCCGUGGCUAGUUUACACCCU